CCAAGACCUGCGCACGCGACGAUCGUACCAAAGUAGGCGCAGGCGCUGAGCCGUAACGAAAUGCAGACAAUAAUAGUGUUUAUUGUGUUCGCAAUAAUAACUCAAAUAGUAUCACAAUGUGAUGAGGAAUACAGUGUAGUGCUAAAAAAUCGGACGUAUAAAGGGGUUAAAUAUGAAAGAAAUGAAAUUAUAGUGGAUAAUGUGACCAAAGUGGAAAGGGGAUGUGUGUGUUUGAAGGAAGUUUGUGCUAAAAAGUGUUGUCCCUUGGGGCAAGCGUAUCACAGGCAGCAGAAGAUAUGUAUCGAUAUCACAGAACCGUUUUAUCCUCCUGUGUAUAGAGAGUAUAAGCUGUUACCAGGAUAUAAUGCGACGAAGGAGUUACAUUUUUUCUACGGUAAAAUGAAUUGUUCGGAUGAGCUGGAAGAAGUUAGAGUUCCAGUGGCUCCUGCUUCGUACGAUUUCCAUUUGAGAACGGAUGGAAAGCUGUACGUGAAAAUUGAGACUUCUGUUAAGGCGUUAGUCUAUGAUGCGAGCAAAUACUGCAUUGACACGUUCGUCUCGGACACUGAGGGGCCGCAUCUCAAUGCCCUCAUCUGCUUCGUUUCGAACCCAGAGCGCAACAACUAUACCAUGAGCAGUAGUUGUAUGUUGAUAUCUUGUUUCUUCAUCCUGUUGACGGUAGCUGUUUACGCAUGGUUGCCUGAACUGAGGAACCUUCACGGAAUGGUGCUGAUGGCUUACCUUCUAUCUUUCUUCGUCGGCUUCUUGUUCUUAGCCACCAUGCAGAUCCUUAUCUUGCUGAAGGAGAUAUCUGAAGACAUCUGUAUCGUUUUAACUUUCAUCGUGUACUUCUCUCUUCUAUCAGCGUUCUUCUGGCUAAACGUGAUGUGCUACGACAUCUGGUGGACGUUCAGUGGAAAACGAGCUCAUGGCCGCAGUGGUUCACAAAACAAGAGAUUCUUGUGCUAUGCCAUCUACGCUUUUGGAGUGCCAACGAUCCUGACCAUCAUCUUGGCAGCUCUUGAAUUCUCGAACAUUCCUUUGCAUCCUCUCCUGCCUAAGCUUAGGCUACAAGGCUGCUUCCUAUACGGGAACAGCAAAUUGUUGUACUUAUACGGACCAAUAGUGAUCCUUUGCGUGGCGAACUUAAUAUUCUUCACACUGACGGCCUUCAAGAUAGCAAAGAUCAAAAGAGAAACCAGAAUGCUACGGGACAAAGAGAGCUCCACACACGACCAAGACAGAAAGGACACUCAAAGGUUUACUCUCUACGUAAAGCUGUUCACCGUCAUGGGUAUCAACUGGAUCUUGGAGGUGGUCAGCUCCUUCUACCCCGAAGCUAACGUCUUCUGGCAGUUUUCUGACGCUUACAACGUGCUCGUCGGCUUAAUCAUCUUCAUUAUUUUCGUCUGUAAAAAGAAGACUUGGAGAAUGAUCAAGAAGAGGAUCAAAGAUUAUCAACGUUUCAAGUCUAAUAAAAAACGACGAGAUAGUAGAGAGGUUAAUAUCAAUAACAGACAACUAACGCAAUGGAGAACGCAACCAGAUAGAACAUCUAGUUUGGAAACCAUUAAAACAACGGAUGGAGAAACAAGUUUAAGAAGCAAUAAAUCUAUUAGUACAAAUCCUCAUUAGCCCACCGAUAAUGAAGUACAAACUACUGCACAGACUAAACCAAAUUAAUACAAAGAAGAUAAUAAUAAGACAAGAGGUUAUGAUAAAAAUAAUAGACGAAGAAUACUAUAAUUAGAAGAAGCUCGGAAAAAGGCUAAAGUUCAAGGCUUAAACAAAAACAAGACUGGUAACAUUAACGAACUAAAUAAAUGUAUGUCAAAAAUGGAAUGUUUGGUAUAUACCUAGUACGAGUGAAAAGAUACAGACAACUGCGGGGCGAUACUUCUAAGUCAGGAACGCAGACCACGUCAUCCUCUACUCGGACACAUUCCACAUCCCGCGAUGAUAUGCAGAUGCACUCUAUCAAGAAGUAAAUAAGUUUCAAAGUGCUAUGUGUAAUUUUAAAGCUAAACGUGCGUGAAACAGAAUCGCUGCCGGCAUAAUUAUUAAAGA